AUGAACAUCGAUUUUGUGGAGCGUAACUUUGGUGCACAAUAUCCAGAGGAACAUGAUUGUACAAUCGACCUGCAAGGAGGUAACGCUAAUUGCUGCAAAUUCAACAGAUGGGGUUCUCUAGUAGCUGUUGGGACGACCGAUGGGCGAAUGUACAUCGUUGAUUUUGUCACAAAAGGUAUAGCAAAGACGUGGACGGCGCAUGUUCAACCGAUAAUGGCUUUAUCGUGGUCAAGAGAUGGCCGAAAAUUGCUGACUGGCUCAGCCGAUUCAACGGUAGUUGUUUGGGAUGUUUUGACAACAACCGCUCUUCAAAAAUACAAAUAUUCGGCUAUUGUCGUCUCAGCUUUAUUUAAUCCCAGAAAUGACCUUCAAAUCGUUGUGCUUCCGCUUGGGAUGUGGCCUGUCUCUGAAUCGAUUUCCCCAACAGGCCAACCAGAACAUGCUGUCGUUUCAUAUGAUAUUCCCGGAGCUGCUGAUGAUGGAGUUACCGCAAUUGCUUUUGAUCGACGAGGAAAAUACUUGAUUACGGGUACAAGCAAAGGUCGCCUCUGUAUAUUUGAUGCUCAAACGUUAAGAAUUGUGACAUAUGUUAAACAGAACAGUCAGCAACAAAUUAGAAACAUUGUGAUUCCCCGUCGAUAUAAUCAACUCAUCACAAACACAUCUGAUCGAAUAAUCAGAUGUUUUGAUUUCGAGGAUCUUCUUGUUAAACCAAAAGGGGCUGUUGUUGAUCAAAAUCAAAAACUACUUGACAUUGUCAACAAGGCAGCUUGGAAAGCCGUUUGCGUCUCACCGGAAGGCGAAUAUAUUUGUGGUGGAUCGACUAAAGCACAUUCUCUGCAUAUUUGGGAACGAAAUUCUGGAUCGUUGGUAAAAAUUGUGCACGGAACGAAGGGUGAAUCUCUUCAUGAUGUUCAAUGGCAUCCAACUCGACCUAUUAUUUUAUCUGUUGCUAAUGGGAUCGUCAGCGUUUGGACACAGGUACAUGUCGAAAAUUGGUCUGCGUUUGCACCAGAGUUCACUGAAUUGGAAGAAAACGCAAAGUACAUUGAAAAAGAAGGCGAAUUCGAUCUGGAAGAUGAAGAUGCAGAUGAAGAAAAUAAUGAUGAUGGACAGGACAAACGUGAAGAGGCGAUUGACAUCUGUGGGCUACGAUCUAAUGACAUUGUAUGUUCUUCUGACGAAGAAGAUGACCCUGGAAAGUUGAUUCCCGACCCGACUGGUGCUACAGGACCUUUAUGGUAUGUACCAACGGUACCAGAGAUUGAGAAUCCCGAGUGUGGAUUGGCGCAUCCUGGUGAUUUACUACAUCGACCGUCCAGUCAAAUGACUAAUCCAUCCGAUGAUCAAGAGUCCCGCAAACGAGGAGCUCCAGCAACAAAUCUCGGAUCAAAACCGAAAAAACCUCGU